AUCAUAUCUUAGUGAGUCAGUCGAUAGUGAGCGUUCAACCAGAACUUAAGUGACUGAGGUGUUGAAUUAUUGGAAAUUCAUUAGUUUGUGAUUACCGUUUGUCGUCGUUAGACGUUAUUAGUUAAACAAAAAUGGACAAGAAUAAGAGGGAUAUGAAAAAUCUCAUCAAGAUGUUUGAGGCGCGACAAAAAGCGGAAGAGGAACACGAAGCGGCUGUUAGGGAAAUGACAAGAGAGGCCUUCAACACAGUUAUGGGCAGCGAAGCCGACGCUGCAGCAGCGACCCGGAGCCCAGCAUCGGACCUCGAGUGCUUGAUAGAGCGCUUGGAACGUGUCACAUCGCGUCUGGAGCGCUUGCCGGUGUUGCGCGCGCGCACUCCAACGCCUCCGGCGUCUCCUGCGCCCUCGCCAGUCUCCGAACCCUCGCUCACACCUCAAGCACCGUGCUUUGAACCAACCGACAACAUGAGCGUUAACGGUUAUCAAGAUAUAGUGCAGGGUCCCCUGCAAGUUUACUUGCAGUUGUCGCAGCAGAUCGGUGGCGAUGUCUCCGCACACGCCAACCUGGUCAACGCCGCUUUCCAGGCGCAACUUCGCUAUAUUCAACUGGCUACAACAAGGAGCAAGCCUUCUCAGGCUGAGGAGAUGCAGCUCCUGGCUCCGACCAGCGAGCAGAUCUCUGCUAUCCAGCAAUUCCGCGAGAAGAACCGCGCUUCGACGUACUUCAACCACUUGUCGGCCAUUUCGGAGAGCAUUCCUGCUCUAGGAUGGGUGGCUGUAGCGCCCACCCCGGCACCGUACGUCAAGGAGAUGAACGAUGCUGGUCAGUUCUACACGAACAGAGUGUUGAAGGAGUGGAAGGAGAAAAACAAGACGCAUGUGGAGUGGUGCCGCGCCUGGGUGCAGCUGCUCUCCGACCUCCAGGCCUACGUCAAGCAGUACCACACCACUGGACUCGUCUGGUCUGGUACUGGCGCCGGAGCCCCGCCCCCACCACCCCCCGGCGGCAUGCCCCCACCGCCUCCCGUGCUCCCAGACGUGGACUUCUCCAACUUGUCUGUGGAUGACCGCAGCGCCCUCUUCGCCGAAAUCAACCAGGGCGAGAACAUCACUAGCAGUCUGCGUAAGGUGACCCCGGACAUGCAAACGCACAAGAACCCUCAGCUGCGACAGGGCCCAGCCCCCUUCAAGGCGGCCCCCGCGGCUCGCGCCCCGCCCGCGAAGCAGUUGCCGCAGCCCGGCGCCGGCACGCUAGACAAGCCUCCUGUCUUCACUCGCGACGGCAAGAAGUGGCUUAUUGAAUACCAAAAAGGCAACCCCAACUUGGUGGUUGAGAACGCGGACAUGAACAACGUGGUGUACAUGUUCCGUUGCCGCGACUCCGCGCUGACAGUGCGCGGCAAGGUCAACGGCGUAGUGCUGGACUCUUGCACCAAGUGCGCCGUCGUCUUCGACAACCUCGUCUCCAGCAUCGAGUUCGUCAACUGCCAGUCUGUUCAGAUGCAGGUGCUGGGCAAGGUGCCGACAGUGUCGAUCGACAAAACGGAUGGCUGCCAAAUCUAUCUGUCUCCGGAAUCGUUGGAUGUCGAGAUCGUCAGCUCCAAGUCUUCGGAAAUGAACGUGCUGGUGCCCAAAGGCAACGGUGACUAUUCUGAGCACCCGGUCCCGGAGCAGUUCAAGACAGUGCUGAACAGCGCGAAAAACGGUAUCACCACCACACCCGUCGAGAGCACGGGCUAAACGUUACGUACUCACUCGAGAACCGAACCUCGUUCACUACCCAGGUCUCAGUGUCAUCCGAGACGAGGCGGAUCUUAAUAUAAUUAUCAUAAUACUUGCACGAUCUAGUUCAACAUUAGUUCACGUACGAUGGUUCGCCUCGAAGCAUCCAUUCAGAAGCACAAACCAUCUUUUGUACCUUUCGUCGUUCGAGGAAGGUUCUCGAGUCUCGCGUGCGUCUAUUUAGUCUUGUAUCGAUCAUCUUAUUUAAGAACUGUCUUCAUUUCUUGCUCAUUGCGCUCGAUUGUAGUAUUUAAAUAUUAUAAAUCUAAUACGACGUAGAAAUAACUAUAACUCAAGUAUUUACUGGCCUUUGUGUGUAAUGUUAUGAUGUUCCUUACACUAACGUUUGAGAUUUGACAAGAAGGUAACACAAGGAGUACCGCCUGGUACGGGAGUUAGUUAGGUUAGCUGUAAGGUGUGUGACUGUCUCGAGCAUCUCAAGUAAGAAAGGUUUGCAUUCUCGACUUUCGCUCUUUCUAUUAACAUGUACGAUGAUUAAACCCCGAAGCUUGACACGCGUGAGGUCUAAUUUUCUUACUUGUAUUACUUCCUUGUGAUCAUUGCAUUGUUUUAUGUCGAUGUCUAUCUAUGGGAGAACUCACCCAGAUUAUAUUUUAAUUUAGGACAUGCUAUAUUAUUUUGUGAUUGUAAUUAUUAUUUUUAAUUCAAUAUUUCUUAUAAAAAUCUGCGAAUUUUGUAUGAAAAUAAUUAAUAAUUUGUCGACAUAGUUACUGUGUAAGAUUUGAUUAUUAUUUAUUAUAUCAUCCUUAUUUUCAAUAAUAUAAUAAUUGUAUUAAACGUUUGCAUUUUGUUAAUUUAUUUGUCGAGAGAUUAAAAUUAUUUUUAAGAAAAUUGAUUUUUAUUGAAAU